ACCAUCAGUAGGAUGCAAUUUUAAAUUAUAAUGACAUUUUUCAUGGGACCAUUGCACAUCUAUAGAUUUGCAUACAUCAGUACUAUGACUUCGAUUUUGUACAGCAUACCUGGAACAUCUGUAUCGCCACUCAACCUGAUGAUAAAAUCACAGAAUUUUGAGUACAUUUUGUCAUGGAAGGCUGGAAAUAAUACACAGGCACCAACCUAUUAUAGUGUGAUGUAUACAAGUUGGGGUAAUUAUCAACACAUCAAGGAGUGCUCCAAUAUCACACAUUUAUUCUGUAAUCUGACAAAGGAGUUUACAAAUCCGUGCAAGAUGUAUGUAAUAGCAGUGAAGACAUUCCCAGAACAUGCAGCAAAUUAUUCAGCAUUCAUAUUCAGUCCAUACCUAAAUACGUGCUUAGGACCACCUGAGUUUAAGAUUUCUGCUUGCUCAAACUGUGUUAAUGUGACAGUGAAAAUUCUAUCUUCAUUACUUAAUAUAUAUAAAAAAAUUGAUUAUACGAUAAAACUGAAAACUGUGGAUAUUGAAGAACAGGAUAUUGAAAACUCUAGUACAACAGAAAUAGAGAGUUUUUACAAUGUUUUUGAAGGUUUGCAUCAAAACAAAAAUUAUUGUGUUUCCGUUGAUAUGCGCUCUUCUGUAAAUCAAAUGUGCGUUCCAUCUCCCUGGAAAUGCAUUAUGACCAUCUCCAAGGAUAAAUCAGAUUAUAUUAUCCCGGUCGUAUGUGGCAUAUUUGUCUCACUAGCAGUUGGAAUGAUUGUGUGGUUACGAUACUACAUGGGAGGCUAUGGUGAUUUAAAAGAAAGACCCGCACUUUUGGAAGCCACACAUAAAUUAAACUAUUCACUCUUUGAAUCUCAUCCUGAAGAAGUGUACACUAUUCAGAUGAUCCAGGAGAUGGAAAAAACAUUUGGGAAAAACAGUUAUGAUGAUGAAAGUGGUGAUGAAAAAGAUGCCAAAUAUAUUAAUCGUAGGGCCUUGGGCACAAUUUCGAAAUCCCAUUCCAAGGACGACAUAGAAGAUACAGUAUCUAUAGGCUGUUCAUCAACUGCAAGUGACUGUCAAACAGCUGAGGCAGAAAACUCUCAGUAUGUUGUUAAGAAAGAAGACAGUGCAACAGACCAGAUGUUUUAUCCUUCUUCUGACAUGAACUCCUCCAUACCUGAGCCAGAGGGUGGUGGCUGUCUGAAUAUCAACUUAGAUACUGUGAAGCUAGAAAUAUCCAAUACAAAUUGCAAUGCUUUGGCAACACUAAUGUCCUUUCAAGAAGACACAUCAGACUUCCAGGAACCAUGUGAUCCUGAUAACUCAGAACCAAAUCACUUUCCUAGCAUAGUGGAUAUGCAGAGGUAUAGUAUUCAUGAUGUAUCACCUACAUGGCAAAAUUGUAGUGGUUCUGAAGAAGGUGAGUCAUCAGAUUCAGAAAUAGUUGGUGAAUACAUGAGAAGAUGAAUUAAUGGAGAGAAAGCUUACUGUUUGCUAACUACCUGACAGCUUACUCCAGUGUUAAAGAUUGGUUAGUGCAUGUUCUCAUUGCUCUUAGUUGCAUGAAAGUGUAACAGCGUGGUAACCAUCUAUAGUAUAAAAAUAUCCCUAGUUGUCAAGUCUUGACAAGCUAGACCCCUUUGUGAAAGAUGCAAAAAAAAAUCCAGUUUCAUGUAUGACUUUGAAUAGAAUAGAAGAGCCCCAUGGCUCCCCGUAAGAAGAGUCCCCCGUAAAAAGUCUGCCAUGAAAACGUUGUGAAAGCAACGUUACCCCAGAGUCAGAAAUGAUUGGUGCUCGCACAGGGGACAUUUCCUUUCUUUAUUGAAUAGAA